CCAUGUGGCUGAAAUCCCCACCUUGGAUGCUUCAAAUGAACUACUCAGUCCCGAUGGCCUACACCAUCAUCUAAUAACAUAAAAAGCCAGGAUUCAAAUAUGGGUGAUUCCACAGCAGAGAUUGUUGGCCAAGUCACAGACAUGUGUUGCAAAGAUGCCCAGACAGAGCUUGCCAAGAGAGUAGCUGCCAUCAGUGUAGCUGUUGGUCCCAAUGCUAUUAAACCUAACAGUCAGGAAGCAAUAGAAGAAAAUGUUCUGUUCUCUAACUGCACAGCAGCGAAAAACCAAAGGAAUGGGGUCAGUGUUGAUUCAGAAACAUCUGAAGAACUGGAUGGCACCAAUAAGCUGCAUGCACCAAAGAAGGUCCCCAAAAGGCCCAUUUUGACUGGCAGGAAGUAUUCUCUUCAAGAAAAGACUACUGGAAAUUGCUUGAGUUCCGCUGAUCUUCCAGACUUUGGUCCAUACGCCACAGGACCCUCCACACACAUUUCACCACGAAUAGUGAGGAGGCCAACAAUAGAGUCCCACCGAGUCUCCAUCUCAGAUGCUGCGGAUUGUGUGCAGCUGAAUCAAUACAAACUGAAAAGUGAAAUAGGAAAGGGUUCUUAUGGAGUUGUGAAGCUGGCCUACAAUGAAAAUGACGAUCAGUAUUAUGCCAUGAAGGUCCUCUCAAAGAAGAAGCUGUUGAAGCAGUAUGGAUUUCCACGCCGACCUCCACCUCGGGGAUCAAAAGCCAACGCGAGUGGACAGAUAAAGCCCAUGGCCCCUCUAGAUCGGAUAUAUCAGGAAAUAGCAAUCUUGAAGAAGUUGGACCAUAUCAACAUUGUCAAGCUGAUUGAGGUACUGGAUGAUCCUGCAGAGGACAAUCUAUACAUGGUGUUUGACCUCCUCCGAAAGGGGCCUGUCAUGGAGGUGCCGUGUGACGCCCCUUUUUCCGAAGAACAAGCUUGGCUCUAUUUCAGAGACAUUGUCUUGGGCAUUGAGUACUUGCAUUAUCAGAAGAUCAUUCACCGAGACAUCAAACCAUCAAAUUUGCUCUUGGGGGAUGAUGGACAUGUCAAAAUCGCUGAUUUUGGAGUGAGCAAUCAGUUUGAAGGCAGUGAUGCCCAGCUCUCCAGCACUGCUGGGACACCAGCCUUCAUGGCCCCUGAAGCUAUUUCAGAUUCUGGAAAGAGCUUCAGCGGAAAGGCCCUGGAUGUCUGGGCCAUGGGCAUUACUCUCUUUUGUUUCGUAUAUGGGAAGUGUCCCUUCAUUGAUGAAUUCAUCCUGGCGCUUCACAACAAGAUCAAGAACAAGCCAGUGGAGUUUCCAGAAGAGACCAGGAUCAGUGAGGAACUGAAGGAUCUGAUUCUGAAGAUGCUGGAAAAAAACCCUGAAUUAAGAAUAACUGUUCCUGAAAUUAAGCGACAUCCGUGGGUCACAAAGUUUGGCAAGGACCCUCUUCCUUUAGAGGAGGACCAUUGCACCAUAGUAGAGGUAACUGAAGAGGAAGUGAAGAACUCAGUUAAGACAGUUCCUAGUUUACCUGCUGUGAUUUUAGUGAAAGCCAUGCUGAGAAAACGGUCCUUUGCCAACCCAUAUGAGGCCCAAACCAGGCGAGAGGAACGAUCUAUGUCAGCUCCAGGGGAUUUACUAAUAAAACAAGCAAGCCGAGAAGGGGUAAAGGACCCAGAGCUGCCUGAUGUGAAUGAAGAUGAGACGGCCUCUUGAAACCCCAAGCAUCUCACUGACCGAUCAUCCAGCUAGAGCUGCUGCUGUAACUGUUGUAACUGGUGGUGUUGUCUUUCGCGCCAUGCUGUUCUCAUCAGCCAGGGUUUGUGAUCUGCGGGAGAGAGAGAGGAAGACUAAUAAGUACAACACUAAAACAGCAAACACCAACCCAAGAAAUGGUACACCGAAUAGCUAAUUCUUCAUACAACCUGCUGCCUGCAUUUUUUCACCAUGUAAGACAUUUUGGUGUUGUAUAGUCGAUAUGUGCCUCUUCCAGCUGUGUUUCAUGUUGUGGUAUGCGUUUGGUCAGUUUUGCCCAGUGUUCCCUGCUAGGAGCUGCUCAGUUAAAACUUCUGUUCCGACUGAUUUUGGUAUGAGCUAUUCAGCAAUCAGAUUGCAAGCCCAGUAUGUUAUUCAACACAUUAGAAACCCUGCACCUCUCUUAUUGCUGGGUCAGUGGUACCAUUACUUUGGCUUGUUUUGAAAUGCAGCAAAAAUACAGUAUCUCUGUGGUAAGGAUUCAACUCAUUUUGCAUCAGCAUGUUUCCUGAGUUGUGCAUGUCUGUAACUGUUGGGUCAUGCCCAGUGAGGUUGCGAUAAACUAGAGAGGCUUCUGGAUUUCUCCUCCUUUAGAUUUUCCCCUAAAUUCUGAAAGAUCUGCUUAAUUCCAAAUUAAGAGAACUAGGUUGACAGUUUUCUCUUGCCUCCUGCCUGCCUGCCUUUUUGCACAUGGAGAAGGGCUAAAGUUCAGUGAGAGGGCAUAUAUUUUACAUGCUUUUAGAUCCAAUUCCUGGCAUCUUACAGAACUGGGAAGGCCUCCUCUGUGAGAUGGGGAAUGCUGCUGCUGGCCAAAACUGACAAUAUUGUGCCUGAUGACUCAUGGUUUGACUUCACAUAAGUUAGCAUCAUAUGUUCCUUCCUAAUAAUAUCUUUAAAAAGCAAUUCUGAUGUUAUAUAAGGAAUGGCUCAGCCAUGUGAGAAUUCUACCCAUAGAGCGUAGCUCUAGAUUCCAUGUUCUUGUAGUACUGGGCAUGUUUGGGCUUUUGAGCUAAUUUGCUUCUGUCUCAGCUGCUGCAAAGGAAGAACUGCAAAACUUCCAUUUUCAAGUAUGAGAGAUCCUGGAGCUCUGGGGGUCCAGGAAAAGGCUGGUCUGUUUUUCAUUUAUUCUUGAUUCCUCUUGCCUCCCACUGUCUUGACUCAAAGCUCUUAGGACAGACUUCACCGGCAGUCUUGUCAGCAAACCUCACCUUAAUCUUUCUUGUCAAAACAUUUGGAAGAAAUUGCAGUGGGAAAAUGGUGCCAUGGGCCCUAUUCCAAUUCUGUGGAAUUGUUUACCAAUAUACAAGAGCCUUGCCCAAACACCUUACAAAAAGAACCUUGAUUCACUCAUACAUGUAAUCAGGAUCAAAAUUAAUGGGAUGUAGAGGGAGCUUUUCUAAUCGCACUGGUAGCCCUGUUCUAGUGGCAGAAUUAAUUGUAGAAAUGCUCAUUAAACCAGCUUCACUCAUUCCUGUGUAUUGAAAUAAGCACAGACGUACAUACAACAUGGCAUUGCAAAAUGUCAAACUUAAUAACUGGAAUGCAGUUCUCAGAAGUUUGCCUACAGCUGUGAAUCCCAAGGCAGAAGACAUCUCCAAGGCCAUUUUCAUGUCAGAGGGCCUGUGCUUUCAGCAGAAAGUUGCCUUUCUGCCUUGAUUUGUAUACACUCAAAGAAUCUGCCACUGAUUUCAGAUUGAUCUGCCCAUAGGUACCCCAAAGUUCUGGGCACAGACAGGGGCAGAACAUGAGAAAGCAGGAAAAGAAUAAUCCAUUGCAUGUCCAAGAUGCAACAAUUCUAGUCCAUCACUUGAUAAAGUGCAAACUUUUGCACUGUGCAUUGUAAAUCUAUAAACACGCUUAUUCAGAAUCAGGCAUAUUAGGACUAUGAAGUAUCCAAGGGAGGGAGUGAUGAGGAACGUCAUUCUCACUGGCACGGGUAUCAGGUUGUCUUAUCUGUUCUACCACAGGGAUGAGUGACCUUGCAUUAUUGUUGAAGCUCUCAUUCUCACCAGAAUAAUCUCGGCUGCAUUGAUACCAAGUUGAUUGGGACUAA